CGUGACGUUAGGCUCAUAUCUGACAACGUCCUCGGAACCCCGACCUGUCCCUCUCGUCCUUCUCCCGGGCCCCGGGCCUCGGUUGGUGCGGCCCUGCGGGCUGGAGGGGGAGGAGACUCUGAGUCGACUCAGCGGAGGAUCCCGGAGUGCAGUUGCGGAUCGAAAGUGCGUCCAGUCUCGGGGAAGAGUGAAGGGGAAGCCGCCAUGAGUUGGGGAACCGAGCUGUGGGACCAGUUUGAUAAUCUGGAUAAACACACUCAGUGGGGAAUUGACUUCCUGGAAAGAUACGCAAAGUUUGUCAAGGAACGACUGGAGAUAGAACAGAGCUACGCAAAGCAACUCAGGAACCUGGUCAAGAAGUACUGUCCGAAGAGAUCGAAGGAGGAGGAGCCCAGGUUCACUUCCUGCACCUCUUUCUACUCCAUCUUGAAUGAACUGACCGACUAUGCGGGUCAGAGGGAGGUGGUGGCUGAGGACCUGGGUCACCGGGUGUAUGGGGAGCUAAUGAGGUACAGUCAGGAGCUGAAGGCUGAGCGCAAACAUCACCUCCAGGAAGGCAGGAAGGCUCAGCAGUACCUGGAUCAGUGCUGGAAACAGAUGGACAAUAGCAAGCGUAAGUUUGAGCGCGACUGCCGAGAAGCUGAGAAAGCUCACAUGACCUUUGAGAGGCUGGACAACGAUGCCAACGCCACCAAGUCCGAGGUGGAAAAGGUGGGUGUUACAGUUGGGCUGCAGGACCAGGUCUGGUGUCCUCACAUGCCUGUUUACGUUCAGGCCAAGGCCCAGUUUUACACCAGGACCCACAUGGCGGAUGAGAGCAAGAACGAGUAUGCAGCGCAGCUGCAGAACUUCAACGGCGAGCAGUGGAAGCACUUCAACAACGCCAUCCCUCACAUCUUCCAGAACCUGCAGGGCAUGGAUGAGCGUCGAACCACCAAACUUGGCGAGACGUACCGGAACUUCGCUGAGGCAGAGCGCCGAGUCAUCCCCAUCGUGUCCAAAUGCUGGGAUGGGAUGGUGGCAGCCGCCAAGGCGGUGGACGAGCGUCGGGACUCGGGCAUCGUCAUCGAGUCAUUCAAGUCAGGGUUCCAGCAUCCAGAAGACUUCCCCUUCGAGGACUUCAGCCAGAACCUGAGCCGGACCAGUUCAGACGGAACCAUUGGCACCCCCAAAAUAGAGCGAGAGGCCCCACCGGUGCAGAGACUGGACCCCAAACAUCUGACAAGCAGAACUAAGAACAAGCUCUGGCUGUUUGGGAAGAAACCAAAGUCCCCCACCUCUUCACCACCUCCCCCUCCUCCCUCUUCUGGGUCAUCUCGGGUAAAGGGGUCCUCCAUCCUCUUCGGGUCCGACCUGGUGAGCCAGUAUUUGACCAGCGUCCCCAAAAUCCCUCAGAACCUGCGUGCGCUGCGACGAGCGGCUCCGUCUCUAGAAGACUUUGGUCACCUCCCUCCUGAGCAAAGAAGAAAGAGACUCCAACAAAGAAUUGAAGACCUCCAGAGAGACCUGCAGAAGGAGAUGGACCAGAGAGAUGCGCUGGACAAGAUGAAGGACGUGUAUGAGAAGAACCCUCAGAUGGGCGACCCCAACAGUCUUCAGCCCAAGAUCUCAGAGACCAUGAUCACUAUGGAGAAGCUGCGGUCUGAGAUCCACAAGAACCAGUGCUGGUUGUCAGAGGUAGAGGGGAAGUCCAGGGGUGAGAGGAGACACAGCAGUGACAACCAACAUCAUCCGCCUGCUGGCAGAGAGAGUCCAGAGGGCAGCUACACUAAUGACACAGCCCAGGAACAUACACCUCAGCGGGGGUCCAGUCCACCGCAGAAACACAUGGACCCUCACGAGUUUGAAGAUGAGUUUGAUGACGACGACCCACUGCCCGUCAUCGGACACUGCAAAGUUCUGUAUGCCUUUGAUGGUCAGAAUGAAGGGACUCUGGUGAUCUCUGAAGACGAGGUUCUGUAUGUGAUUGAGGAGGACAAGGGCGAUGGCUGGACCCGAGCCCGGAAGCAGAGUGGAGUGGAGGGCUACGUGCCCACGUCCUACGUGGAGAUCACCAUGGAGAGGAACUGCAAAGGUGCUGUGACCUACAUCUGAAGCUCUGCUCGUGUGAUCCGGAUUCAGACUCUCCCAGCAGCGAUCAAACUACCAAUUUAUGUGCGUGCGUGUGUGUGUGUGUAUCACAGGUUCCUGAGGGCACUGUGAUUGACAGGCGACUCAUCCUGGUUGGUUGAACAGGAGGGGGUGGGGCCACAUGAGCAUGUUCAUUCUCAUCACUAUACAUUGUGGGUUCAAACACUAAUUCAGUGGGGGUGGAACCUCAGAACCGUCUCUAGUCCCGGUAGUUGAGGUCAAACCCAUGACUCGCAUGUUGACUCAUCUGCUUGUCAAACCACAGCAUCACACUCAUGUGACCACCUGCCUGGUGCCCCUUUUUUAAGGGGCGCGCCUCACGUCUGAUCAUUUCCUUCCUAACGCCUUAUGACCAGAUGUGUGUCUCUUGUCUGUCUGCGAACUUGCUUGUGGCCAUUCGGUGAAUGUCAGCAUUUGUGUAUAUAGCUACAGGACUGUGUGUGAAGAAUGUAGCAGAAUCGGGUCAUGUGACCGAGCAGUCGCACUAACACUAACAUCAUCAUCUUUAUCGUCACUGCCCUGCCUGCUGCAUGUCAACCGCUGUGAUGUCAUUGUAAUGACGUCAUAACUCAUCCUGAGCAGGACACCCCCAUCCCUGCGCCUCAUUCCACCAACAGGAGGCUGUGCCACCUUGUCACACCAGCCCCCUUGCUGACCGGCGUGCCUCCUCCCUGGUCCCCCCUGCUGACUGGAACGUCUCCUGUCGGGCCCCCUGCUGACCGGAGCGUGCCUCGAGACCAGGCCCUGGUCUGAUAUCCCUGACGUCCCGGGUGUUCACUGUGACACUGAGCCCCCGGCAUCUUUAGCAGUGACAGUGUCUGAUUGUACAUACGAAUGUUUCCAUGUUGAUUGACAGUUGAUGCACUUUGACGCCCUUUUUUUUACUCAAUUUUUGUGAUUUUUCUACUUUGAUUGACGUCUCCAAGGAGACCACGUGAAACCACUAAUUAAAGUCUAGUCAAGAACGGACUUGUGUCAUCAGUACUCAACUUUUGGUGUCUGUAGUUGGCACAGGUGUCUCAACAGCACAAUUUGUUAAACAUGUUUUUAGGGGAGGACACCACAGCCGGUGAGUAACUGUCAAACCUAUGAAGCUGCUUCCCGCCGCUCAUCCCCACACCACACUGGGAAGCUGAACUGGCAUCCAGAGCCAAUGAUCAAAUUGCUUUCAUGAAGCAAGAUGGAAUGUUGGCAUGAAGAGAGUGGAGCUAGAAGG